AUACUUCUCACAAGUCCCAGUCUUCAAUGCUAGCGCAAUGUACAGUGUCUUUGAGACUGCGUGCAAUUACAAUACAUUAUGAGACGGGCUUAAUAACGGCAGGAGACGUAUCGUUAAAGACACAAAGUUCCCGCAGACGGCAGAAUUCGAUCACAUGUCACAGUAGUCGGCGCGCUAUGACGCCCGUGACGCCUGAGACAUAUCGCGGUCUCCUGAUUCGCAUGAUAAUUAAAGACGUGUUAUCACACACGUUGGGAGAAGAGACGACGGUAUAUCACGGCGAUACGACAUCGGCCCCCAUCAUCGGCACUUUUUGUUUUCUCCCGAUUCGGCUCGGCCAUACUGCACCGAUAAUAAUACUAUGAUAUCGAUUUAAAAAGGUUACAACCUCUGUUAUGUCGCCUCUACGACACCGACGAACGAGCGGAGUCAGCAAUUCCAGUAAGAUGGCUUGCGAGGCAUGUAGUACGAAGUUCAAUUUGUUUAAGAGGAAAAAACAAUGUAUGGACUGUCUGAGGUACUUUUGCUCUGAAUGCGUGAUUAAACGGCUGGACAAAGUGUUUGCCUGCGACAGUUGUAGUAUACUGUCGAGGCGGCCCCUCGUAAGGAACCAAAUUAGACAAAUGCGUUCUAGAGAUUUACGGCAAUAUCUUGUGGCGAAGAAAGUUUCCAUCAAAGGAUGCGUUGAGAAAGAAGAUUUGGUGCAUGUACUAAUGCUUUUUGCUAAUGGAACUGACCCUUGUUUGAGUACGGACUGUUGUACAAACGUCAGCUCGCAAAAUGCUACCAGGGAAUCAUUAUCCAGGGUCGGCGUCUCUGUAAACAGGCCAGAGGAUAUGCCAAAUGUUAGUGCCGAAAGUGAGGUAACACGCGAUGAUGCGCAAGCAGGAACAGAACCCACAGCAAGUGAAGACAUCGAGAUCGCAGAAGAAGUAACCGAAAGUGAUAGCAGUCCGGUAAUAAGUGUACCACUUAGUACUGACGAUAAUGAAUCGCCUAGCGAGGAUCCGAGAAAUAAUAACGUUGAGAUAGAGGAAGUAUUUGAAUGCGAUAGCAGUGCGACCGACGCACCGGAGCCGGUCAUUACCGAGCAGGAUGAAGUUUCGGAAACGCCAAACAGAGUACAAUCAGAUAUGGUCACAGAAAUUCCUACGUGGCCGGAUAAAGUGCAAUUAUCAGAUAUAAAGGAAGCGUCGGAACUAGAGUAUCUAAAUAUUAAACAAUUAAAAAGUCUGUUGAGUAUAAACCGUGUAGAUUAUAAAGGCUGUGUAGAGAGGCAAGAGCUACUUAACAGAGUGUCGAGAUUGUGGCACGAAUAUAAGCAAUCUAGAAAGGAUGUGGAAGGAUUGAGUGAAGAAGAGAUAUGUAAAAUUUGCUGGGACGCGCCGAUCGAGUGUGUGAUCUUGGAAUGCGGUCAUAUGGCUUGCUGUAUCAAUUGCGGUAAACAAAUGUCCGAAUGUCCGAUAUGCAAGCAGUACGUCGUCCGCGUCGUACGAUUCUUCAAAGCCUGACGAGUGAACGGUUAGAACAAAAUGGAGAUGGCUAAAUGUAAUUUUAAACUAGGACAGAAUCGGGCAUGCUUUCAUUUGUUAUCGUCACCAAGAUUAAUAUCUCAGAUUUUUCCUAACGGGUAGAUCGAUUUUAAAAUGUGCGUUUUUAAAGGUAAACAGUGUUGGAAGGUGUCAGGAAGUGGAGUCGUGAGUGAUAAAAUUUCUGUACAAACGAUAAAUUUAUCGACAAAGAUAACUUUAUC